AUGUCCUCAACGCCGAUGGACAUAGAUAGGUCUAAUACACCAAAUGGCGCAUCGCUCAACAUCCACCGCACCAUUGGCACCACCGCCUCCGUGUCUAAUCUGUCCGAUGUCAUAGGCAGCUUUCGUCCUACCAAGCUCUUCCGACGUGAUGAUAUCAAAGACAGUCGUCCACAGCCUCACGUACUGUCCCUGGACUACGAUGACGAAGGCCAACUCGUCAUGGCCUCGGCCAGCGACGAGACAAUACAGAUCUACCACGUCAAAGAAGGCAGGCACGACAAGAGCCUGGUCAGUAAAAAAUACGGAGUGAAGCUAGCCAAAUUCACACACACAGCUUCAAGCAUAAUCUAUGCCAGCACAAAACAGAACGGCCAUGAGGGACCUGUAACUUCACUGGCUGUUCACCCGGGCAGCGACAACUUCAUCUCAUGCUCACAAGACAACACUGUGCGCCUCUGGGACACCCAAACCAAGAACUGUCAAGGUCAGCUAUUUCUUCGAGCACCCUACCUCGCCGCAUACGACCCCUCUGGAACUGUGUUUGCCGUCGCCUGUACGAGUAGCGGCACGGUACUACUCUACGAUGCGCGAAACUAUGACAAAGCUCCUUUUGCAACGGUCGAUGUUGUCGAACAGUGCAGGAAGGUAGACUCACAAUGCCUCAACAAGGGAUGGACAAAACUCGAGUUCUCAAAUGAUGGAAAGUCGUUACUUGUUGGAACUCGUGGUAACGGGCACUUCCUCCUGGACGCUUUCGAGGGCACCCUGAAAGCAUAUCUUCACAAGCCAAACGGCGGGACUCGACGAUUGGCCGUGGGAGAAACAGCAUCGGGUGGUAGCGCAUCGUCAGAUUUCUCAAACAUAGAGAGCAGUGGCGAGUGCUGUUUCGCUCCCGAUGGGCGCUAUGUCCUGAGUGGCUCGAAAAAGGACGUCCUGGUCUGGGAUACUAUGGCGGCUCCCAACGAUAACAAAGUUCUGGAACCUAGCUGGACUCUGCCUGAUAAGAGAGAGGCAGCUGUCCUAGCCUUCAACCCUCGGUACAACUUCUUCGCCACGGCUGACCAGGAAUUGUUAUUCUGGCUGCCCGAUCCUCAUGCCUGA